AUGAGACUCCUCAAGGCAGUGGCUCUCGCCAUCGUCUACGCCCAGGGAGCGCGGUCUGCGCCAACGGACCUUGAGCAGGAAUGCGGCUCUCUCGGCGUCAUGAAGGUUGAUCCUGCCAUGCUCCCCGAGGGCGUGGACCCCAGCAGAGUUCGCAAGUGCCUUGACCAUCCAGAGGGGCCAGGCUACGGAUACGAAGGGGAGAAGCUAUUUGAGCGCGCCUGCUGGGACAGGAAGAUAAGGUCCCGCGGAUGCAGCAGGAGCGGUUACUGCUGGAGAAGCUGUGACACGCCGUCCAAGAACUAUUGGUGCUGGGCUGCUGACGAUCUGGGCUUCGGGGAUUGGAUUCGUUGCUCGAGUGACGAGCAUUGCAGCGACCCGACGAUGGCUUGCGCCUGGGGCAAAUGCGACGGAUGCGGAUGCAGCUGCUAA